UGUGGAGAGAAGAGUCCAGUCAAAUAUCAGCUCAGCUCAUCUCUUUGACGCGGUUUAAGGAACCUAAAAUUCUCUCUGUUUUUGCGUAAAAUAAUAUUUUCUCUCUCUUGUUUCUCGGGAAAUGGAGCAGAAAAAUCAGUGUUCGUUGCCUUCGUCUUCGACUCUCUUUUUACUUGCCUUCUUCUUCCUUGUGACCAGCCUCUCUGUCUCUGCAUCUGCUUACUCUUUCAUUUCAGAUGAUAUAUUUGGGGGUAAAUCUUUAAUGGGUCGGAAUCUUCUUCAAGCUAAGACAGCUUGCCCUGUAAACUUCGAGUUUUUGAACUACACCAUCAUCACCAGCCAGUGCAAAGGACCGCAGUACGUGCCCAAUAGCUGUUGUCCAGCUUUUAAAGAACUUGCUUGCCCUUAUGUGGAUUCGCUAAAUGACUUGUCUAAUAAUUGCGUCGAAACCAUGUUUAGUUACAUCAACCUCUAUGGGAACUACCCAGCUGGCCUUUUCGCGACUUUGUGCCAGGAUGAUAAACAAGGGCUUGCAUGCCUUGCAACUGUACCUACACAAUCGGCCUAUUCCAUAAGUGGAAGUCAGAUUGUACGCAAUCCGUCGCUGCUAUCCAUCCGUGCUGCUAGUGCUCACAAUGGUCCUCCUAGUGGUGGUGUUAUAAUUGUUUUGAUGGCAUAUACAUUAUUUUCUUGAUAUGUAUACGUUGUUGUGCUUCGUUAACCUUGUUGAAAUCACGGUUUCCAAACUCGGUUUUGGCCAUGGUUUUUUUACAUUUGCUAGGGUUCCUAUUCUUUGAUUUCACUAUUGAGAAAAUAGUAUUGUUUGUAUUGGUUUGUGCAUUAAUUGACCAGAUGUUCUGGAAAAGACGAAAUUCUUGGUCUUCUCCAAGAUCUUUUAAUUUAAUAUAGGCUUCCAUUGAUUAUGUUA